AUGAAGAAGGGGCUAGUCAUCAGGAGACACAAGGAGAAGCAAGAGAAACAUGCUGUACUGAAGAAAGAUCUCCUGGUAGAGGAGCCCCCUCCUUAUCAGGCUGGACCCACUCGGCGACCCGGCGGAGCGACAGUGGCUCCCGCAGCCGCAGGGGUGGCUCCCGCCGCCGCGGUGGAGGCGGCGGCCGCAUUAGCGGCCGCCAUCCGGCCAGAAGGGCUGAACCAACAACUACAAUACUGGCCCUUCUCUGCUUCAGACCUUUAUAACUGGAAACAACAUAACCCCCCUUUUUCCAGGGACCCCGUUGCUUUAACUAACCUAAUUGAAUCCAUCCUAGUGACUCACAGGCCAACUUGGGACGAUUGUCAGCAGCUCCUGCAGACCCUCUUGACAGUGGAGGAAAAGCAGAGAGUUUUCCUGGAGGCCCGGAAACAGGUUCCGGGCGAUGACGGGAGGCCCACCCAACUCCCGAACAUCAUCGAUGCGGCUUUUCCCUUGACCCAGUUCAAUACGCCUGAAGGUAGGGAGCAUCUACGCCUCUAUCGCCAGUUGCUCUUAGCGGGUCUCCGAGCGGCCGCUAGAAGGCCUACUAAUUUGGCUCAGGUUAGAAAUGUAAUACAGGGAAAGGAAGAGACACCCGCUGCAUUUCUAGAAAGAUUGAAGGAAGCUUAUAGGAUGUAUACUCCGUAUGAUCCGGAAGACCCAGGUCAGGCUCCAGGUAUUAUCCUAUCAUUUAUCUAUCAGUCUAGCUCAGAUAUCAGAACUAAAUUGCAGCGGUUGGAGGGUCUACAGGCGUUAGGGUUGCCAGACCUAGUGAAGGAAGCAGAGAAAGUAUUUAAUAAGAGAGAAACUCCUGAAGAGCGAGAGGAAAAGAGAUGGCAGAAACAAGAGGAAAGGGAUAGGAAACAGCAUAGAGAGAUAAAGAGAGUUUUGGCCGCCGUUGUAUCCCAGGGACAGCGGAGAGAGGGAGAUAGGCCGGGAGGACGAAGGAGGCCACCCCUAGAUAAAGAUCAAUGUGCUUACUGCAAGGAGAAGGGACACUGGGCCCGGGAAUGUCCCAAGAAGCCACAAGGACCCCGCCGGCCCAAGCCCAAGACUGCGGACCUCCUUAGUCUGGAGGACUAGGGGGGUCGAGGCCAGGAGCCCCCCCCUGAGCCUAGGAUAACCCUCAAGAUCGGGGGGCAGCCCGUGACCUUCCUGGUUGAUACUGGUGCCGAACAUUCAGUCCUAACCCAUGCCGGAGUGCCCCUUAGCCGGCAGUCUGCACUGGUACAAGGGGCAACUGGAAACAGGAGAUAUUACUGGACUACCGAGAGAAAAGUUCAACUGGCUUCAGGGCAAGUAACCCAUUCCUUUCUGCACAUACCUGAAUGCCCCCAUCCGCUGUUAGGACGGGAUCUAUUAACCAAGCUAAAAGCACAAAUCUAUUUUGAUGAAGAGGGACCAAGGGUCACGGGUCCUAGAGGGGGCCCUCUACAAAUCCUGGCCCUCAAUCUAGAAGAAGAAUACCGUUUGUUUGAGUCAGAACCCUCGAAAAAGGCCCCUGAGGAAUUACAGAACUGGUUAGAAGAGUUUCCUCGAGCCUGGGCAGAGACUGGGGGUCUGGGGUUGGCACGCGAUCAGCCACCGCUGAUGAUCUCAUUAAAGGCCUCCGCCACUCCCGUCUCAAUCAGACAAUACCCAAUGUCACGGGAAGCCCAUGAGGGAAUUAAACCCCAUAUCCGGAGGCUCCUGGACCAAGGGGUACUAAAGCCCUGUCAGUCCCCAUGGAAUACCCCUCUCUUGCCCGUAAAGAAACCGGGGACAGGGGACUACAGGCCAGUCCAGGAUUUGAGAGAGGUCAAUAAGCGGGUGGAGGACAUACACCCCACGGUGCCCAACCCUUACAACCUCCUGAGUACCCUCCCACCGACGCACGUCUGGUACACGGUAUUAGACCUGAAAGAUGCCUUCUUCUGCUUGAGACUGCACCCUAAAAGCCAACUACUGUUUGCCUUUGAAUGGAGAGACCCAGAACAGGGACUCUCGGGACAGCUGACCUGGACACGGCUCCCUCAAGGCUUCAAAAAUAGCCCAACCCUCUUUGAUGAGGCCCUGCAUGCAGAUCUGGCCGGGUUCCGGGUCGAGCAUCCAACCCUGACCGUGCUCCAGUACGUAGACGACUUACUUCUGGCCGCCAGGAGUCGGGCCGAGUGCCUAGAGGGCACUCGGGCUUUACUGGCCAGGCUUGGACAGAAGGGCUACAGGGCCUCGGCCAGAAAGGCACAAAUUUGCCGAGACAAGGUCACGUACCUGGGCUAUACCCUGACUGGGGGACAGAGAUGGCUGACGGAGGCCAGGAAAGAGACAAUACUCUCCAUUCCCCCUCCUCGCAGCCCCCGCCAGGUUCGGGAAUUCCUGGGUACGGCUGGGUACUGUCGCUUAUGGAUCCCCGGGUUCGCUGAAUUGGCCGCCCCCCUAUAUCCCCUCACAAAACCAGGGGUAAUGUUCCAAUGGGGAGAGAAGCAGCAGGAAGCAUUCCAACAGAUCAAGAAGGCCUUACUUGAGGCCCCGGCUCUGGGUCUGCCAGAUCUUACCAAACCCUUUGAACUGUUUAUAGAUGAGAACUCGGGCUUUGCUAAAGGGGUGCUGGUGCAAAGACUGGGACCCUGGAGGAGACCUGUGGCAUACUUGUCCAAGAAAUUGGACCCUGUGGCCAUAGGAUGGCCUCCCUGCCUCCGCAUGGUGGCAGCCAUUGCAGUUCUACUCAAGGAUGCCGGGAAACUGACCCUGGGUCAGCCCCUGACUGUACUGGCCUCCCAUGCCGUGGAGGCCUUGGUCCGACAACCACCAGACAGAUGGCUCUCCAACGCCCGAAUGACUUACUACCAGGCCUUACUCUUGGACUCAGACCGGGUCACGUUCGGACCCGUUGUCUCCCUUAACCCUGCCACCUUGCUGCCGCUGCCUAGCCCAUCCAUAGAGCAUGAUUGCCUCCAGAUUUUAGCCGAGGCGCAUGGCACUCGCCCUGACCUAACAGAUCAGCCGCUCAAGAACCCAGAUGUCGUCUGGUACACAGAUGGGAGCAGCUACCUGGACGGAGGAGAACGCAGGGCCGGGGCAGCUGUUACCACCGAGUCCGAAGUGGUAUGGGCCUCGGCCCUCCCGCCUGGGACUUCGGCUCAGCGGGCGGAACUGAUCGCCCUCACCCAGGCCCUUCGGAUGGCAGAAGGUAAGAAACUCAUCGUGUAUACAGAUAGCAGAUACGCCUUCGCCACUGCACAUGUCCAUGGUGAAAUCUACCGACGGAGGGGCCUGCUCACAUCCGCAGGUAAAGAGAUCAAGAACAAAAAGGAAAUCCUGGACCUCCUGCGGGCCCUGUUUCUCCCGCUCCAGCUCAGCAUUGUCCACUGCCCGGGGCACCAAAAAGACAACUCCAAGAUAGCCAAAGGGAACCGGCUGGCGGAUUUGACUGCCCGGACAGUGGCAUCCCAGCCAAUAGGGAAUAGCCAGUUAAUGGCUAUACAGGACACUCCAGAGCCUCCUCCACCCGGGAGAGAGCCCAUGCCCUACAGCCCCGAAGACCAUGAGCUAGCAAAGAAAAUGGGGGCGGACUGGGACCCACAGAGACAAGCCUACCUACUGGGGAACCGGAUAGUGAUGCCCACCUCUCACACCCACCAUAUGUUACAAUUCCUCCAUGCCCUAACUCAUCUAAGUGAGACAAAAAUAAAGACCCUGAUAGACAGAGAAAACACCGGGACAAUUCUGCUAAACCAGAAUCGGGUGCUCCGACGGGUGGCCUCUACCUGCCCCGCAUGUGCCCAGGUCAAUGCAGAAGCGCCCCUCCUCACCUAUUCCAGCACCCCCGAAGAUUACCCCUCGACUCGGUUUGACUACUAG